AAAAUGACUGGUCGAUACACUGGGCGGCGUGGUGGUUGGUGCCAUUUUGCAUCCUCCACGAGUAUGGCUCCGAAGACGAAGCGCGCGGCCGAUGCCAUGACGACGACGCCCGCAAUCGCCGAGCCGACGACGACCGAAGAAGACGGCGACAGCGUCGAAGGCGACGUGCCAUCGCCGACCUCGGUCCUCGCCGCCUGCAAGGUGCACCGCUGCCGCUUCUUGAAGUACGAGCCGAGCACCGUGACCGCGCUGGCCUACAAUGCCGAUGGCACGCGCCUCGCGGUCGCGCGCCAGAACGGCGACGUCGAGCUCUGGAACGUCAACGGCCAUGACAUGCAUUUCCACGCGGUCGUCGGCGGCCGCGGGUCGGCGGUCACCUCGAGCGUGCAGUGGACGUCGACUGGUCGCCUCUUUGCGGCGUCGCUCGAUGGCAUGCUCCGCGAAAUCGACCUCGAGUCGCUCCGCUUCAUUCACGCGCUGCAUGCGAACGGCGGCCCGAUCUGGUGCAUGCAGUACCACGCGUCCGACAACACGCUCGCGGUCGGCUGCGAAGACGGCCGCGUCCGCCUCUUUACGAUGGACGAGGACGAGCCGCUCUACUUCCGGAAGGCGCUUGGCAGCACGGGUCGGCGCGUCGUGUCGGUCGCGUGGCACGCGGCCUCGGACGCGCUCUUUAGCGGCAACGACGAGGGCGUCAUCUACAUGUGGAACGCCAGCACGGGCCGGAACGAGUCGCGCAUGACGCUCGAGCGGUACGCCAGGCACACGACCGCAGUCGUCUGGAGCCUCCUCGUGCUCGACGACCUCACGGUCAUCUCGGGCGACUCGAACGGCAACGUGCAGACGUGGGAUGGCAUCACGGGUACGCUCAUGCAGACGUUUGCGCAGCUCACGGCCGACGUGCUUGCGAUGGCACUGGACCCGACCGAGACGGUGCUCUUUGCCUCUGGUAUUGACAACCAAGUGAUUUCGCUGCGCCGGUCGGCAACGACCAAGCUCUUCAACUACACGUACAGCCACCGCGCGCACACGCACGACGUACGCGCGCUUGCCAUCUCGGGCAACGCCGACGACCCGCUCCUUGUCUCUGGUGGCGUCGACACGCACCUCAUCACGUACCCGACGGCCACGUACAACACGUGCCGUCCCACCAAGAUCUCGCCGCUGCCGCCGCGCCAGUUCCUUGCGCUUGCGACCGAGAAGCGCCUCUUGCUCUCGCAGCACACGACAGCCCUCGACGUCUGGAGCCUCGCCGGCGCCGCGCCCAAGCUCCUCGCGCAGCUGCAGAUGACCGGCGACGCCAACCUUGUGUGUUCGGCCAUUUCGCCCAACGGCGAGUUUGUCGCUUGCUCGACGUCGACCGAGCUCAAGGUGUUCCGCCUCGAGGGCCACAACGUGACCAAGGUUGCGCUCACGGCGGCGCUCGCGCAGCCGGCGUACUCGCUUCUCUUUACGGCCGACUCGACGCACUUGAUCACGGGCGACGUCGUUGUCCGCGUCCUCGACAUGCAGUCGCUGAGCGUCCUCAAGACCUUUUCGACGCCGCAUGCGCUUCAGACCAAGACGCUCGCGGUCUCGCGCGACGGCCAGUGGCUCGCGUCUGGUGACAUUGGCAACCAUCUCUCGGUGUUCAACCUCGACUCGAUGCAGUACUAUUGCGAGCUGCCGCAGCCUGCCUCGAUGCACACGGCGAUCGCGCUCGACCCGAGCGGCAAGACGCUCGUGGCAACGACGAUCUCGAACCACUUUGCCUGCUACGACGUCGAGCGCAAGAGCCUCACCGACUGGAGCCGCGAGAACGCCCACAAGCUCCCGGAGGAACUCUUCGCCAUGCAUGCGUCGCUCCAAGGCGUGCUCUUCCACCCGACGCAGCCCAACUCGAUCGUGCUCUGGAGCCAGCGCUUCAUGCUGCACAUCGAUAUUGACCAGCCGAUCCAGGCGCCGAAAGCCACAAAGCGCCGGCGUCUCAGCGUCGCGGCCAAGGACGACGACACGUCCGGUGACGACGCCGACGUGGCGCCGGCCUCCACGUUCCACUUUGUCGACAAGUAUGGCCCGAUCGCGUACGCUGCGUUUUUCGCCACCUCCAAGUUGCCCGAGCUCGUGCUGGUCGAAACGCCCUUUUUCAAGAUGCUGCACGCACUCCCGAACGCACUCAAGCGCCGCAAGUACGCCCAGUAAGCAGCAACGCCGCUGGCGAUAUUGUCCUAGAUUUCAGAACCAUCAACUAUCGUAUAUUCUACCUCC